UAGUGUUCUUCAAUUCGUGGUGGUCGCCGGGAAAAAUGGCUGAGCAGAAACAAAUCCGUUUCGGAAUACUGGGCUGCGCCACCGUAGCGCGCAAGCUGGCCAGGGCUAUAUCGCUGGCUCCGAACGCCACCAUCUCCGCCGUGGGCAGCCGCACGGCGGAGAAGGCCGCAGCGUUUGCCGCAGAGACCGAGUGCCCCGCCACCGCGAAAAUUUACGGCAGCUACGACGCCGUGCUGGAUGAUCCGGACGUGGACGCCGUUUACAUCCCUCUCCCCACCAGCCUCCACGUGCGGUGGGCCGUCCUGGCGGCGCAGAAGAAGAAACACAUCUUGGUGGAGAAGCCGGCGGCGCUGAACGUGGCGGAGCUGGACCAGAUUCUGGCGGCGUGUGAGUCCAGUGGGGUUCAGUUCAUGGAUGGUACCGUGUGGACGCAUCAUCCUCGAACUGCUAAGAUGAAAGAGUUCCUCUCUGAUCCUCUGCGCUUUGGCCAACUCAAAUCCGUUCACAGCAUCGUUUCGUUUUUGGUUAGCGCGGAUUCUCUGAAGAACGACAUCCGCGUAAAGCCAGAUCUUGAUGGGCUGGGAGCUCUGGGCGACGCCGGCUGGUACUGCAUCCACGCCAUCCUAUGGGCCAACGACUACGAACUCCCGGAAUCCGUCACGGCGGUGCGCGAGCCGGAGGUGAACGAAGCCGGGGUCAUUCUCUCCUGUGGCGCUUCUAUGAAAUGGAAAGACGGGAGAGUCGCCACUUUCUACUGCUCUUUCUUGGCCAUUUUUUCCACCGACAUCUGCGCUUACGGCACCAAAGGAAAGCUGCGCGUCCACGACUUCGUCAUCCCUUUCGCACCACAGUCUGCGCCGUUCUACACCUUCGAAAGCUAUCGGUUAAUUGAGCACGGUGUGGCUGCGGAGCUUCCUCAGGAUGUUUUGAUGGUGAUGGAGUUCUGUAAUCUCGCCGGGAGUGGAAGAGCGCCGGAGAAGAAGUGGGCGGUUAUCAGCCGGAAGACGCAGCUGGUGGUGGAUGCAGUCAACGCAUCCAUUCACAAUGGGUUUGAGACUAUUGAGGUUGUCUACUAAGGCUCCGUUUCUUGGAGCUUAUUAUGCCAUAAGCUCUAUUUAUUAAUGUUCAUAAAUAAAUAGCAGCAUAUUUGAAAUAAUAUAAGUGUUUUGAAAAGAAGCUAAUAUCUUCUAAACUUUUUUAAAAAUAAAUAAAUGGCAUCUUUUAAAUAAAAGGCUGUAAAGUUAAUUGAUUCCAAUGUCUGUCAUAUCUUUGCGAAGCUUCAAAAUAUAAUGAAACUGUGAAGCAGGUAAAGUUAAUUG